AUGAAGUCGCUGCUUCCCAUCGCUGCUGUCCUCACGGCCUCCGCCAUCCCUGCCUUGGCCAAGCAUAGGGCACAUUUCAAGCCUUCCGACAAGUUCGACAAUUUCGACAAGUUCUCCUUGAAGACUCAGAAGCCUCGAGCAGAGACUUGCAAGCUCACCGACGAUCUCUGCGUGACCUGCGACGGCGGCAAUGUCACGGAUACUGGAGGUCAGGAUUGGGCAGUGUCCUGCGGUUGGUCCAUCUCCUCUGAGGACGAGGAUCCAGUCGAGGGUGACACGAGCCCCCAGAUCUGUAUAGAAGCAUGCGAUGAUGAUGACGACUGCUGGGCUGUUAACCUGGCUGCAAACGGUUCUUGCACGCUUGUCACUGGCGAUCCCAAAGGCUUGUCAAGACGACCAGGCACUACCUCUCUCGUUCGCUUAGCAGGUUCCGACGACGAGCCAGAUGUCACUUCCACCUCGACUUCGCGUGUAAAAAUCACGGCAACCAUUUAUGGCCCUGGUGCGACUCCGCCAGCCCAAGUCUCCAUUACUUCCACCACUUCUGCCGCACCAGCAGCAAGCAGCUCGGCCACAUGCGAUUUGAGACUCACGAAUCUAUGCCCCCGAUGCGAUGGCCGACAAGUGGAGACCGAGGAUGGGUCAGCGUACAAAAUCAGCUGCGAGUCAGACUUGUACUCAAAUUCGAGCUACUCCCCCCAAGAAUGGAUGUCGCCAGGCGAGUGCUUGACCGAGUGUGACAAAUUCGAAUGGUGCAAGGGAACUGUGUACUACGAUGAUCGCAGCUGCGAGCUUGCUCGAGGAGAGGACGUCUUUCCAACGUCCAAAGCAGACUAUACUGCUUUCCUGCCCGUUUCGACAGAAGUUGCAGCUGCUGCGAAGACGAGCCCAAGCGCUUUCCCAACCAUUUUCCCGGCGAACUACACGAAGCCUUCGUCCACUGGAGAGCCGACAUUCUCGAUUCUGCCUAUCAGCUCAGGCUGCGAUCUGGAAGCGCCGACUUGCCCCCAAUGCGACGGAUUUCCAUACGUCGACAAACUGCAUGGCUCAUACACAGUCAUGUGUGGUGUGGAGCCCGACUGUGUCAGCACUUCUGUCUUCCGCGAAGAAGCUGAGAAUGUAGAGUAUUGUAUCCAGAGCUGCGAUCAAGACGCGACUUGCUUGGGAUUGAAAUGGUUCCCGGAAUACAAUGCUUGUCAUCUCUGUCGACAGGGGGUGGAAUUGGAUAACCGCACGUCGGAGCAACUCACUUACGUGCUCCUGGUUGCCGAUAUCGACGGCGAUGAUGAUGACGGUACGACAACAACAUCAACAACGACACACCGUACGACCGUCAAUCCGACACACACCUUGGUCCCGCCCGUCACACGUAGCAUCACAGAUCUGCCGAGACCCUUCACAACGAACAGUGUCAACGCUGUGGGACCCGUUGGACCUGUGAUCCCUUCAUCGAUCGCGAGUGCUACGCGGAUCAACCCAGGAGGUUCCAUCAUCAACGUGACCAGCGCAAAAUCGACAGCUUCAGUGAUUCACCUGACCAGCAGCUCGCUGCCACCCACAAUCACGAACAUCGCAGCUGUCUCCUGUCCAGCUUCAAACCACAGCGUGUACGUUGUGCCAGACAGCGGCAACUACUUCGCUGUGGCAUGCGACAAUAUGUUCACAGCUGCACACUCACAGUACACGACCGCGACCGACUUUGCUGCCUGUGCUGCAUCGUGCACUGCACAAUGUGAUGGCAUCCAGUUUGGAUACGAGACUCGCUGUGGCUUGUACACGGAUAUCUCGAUUAUUGGAUCAGCGGCUGGAUGGACUGUGGCAGCCAGCAUUACGUUCCCAAUUCCGGCAUCGACAGCUGCUGUCACCUUGGCGACAUCUUCUCAGCGUCGCUAUAGUAACAGCACAGCGGCAUGA